AUGGACGGCUGGGAAGAGGAUGCUUUCAGACAGUCUGGUACCUGGAAAUGUAAGCUUCGAAGCAGGGACAGCAAAUACCUGACAUUAAAUGGUAACGGACAUUUUCAGUUCGAGAACUUCACUGGGGAGCAAUUCACCAUCUACACUUAUCAAAGCACUGCCCUAGAUGAGGGAACGCACAGAGGUGCAGUCAUGCUAUAUGUCAGUAAAGGUCAGCAGAAGAUGGUGGCAUGCUGCCGUAACGACUCUGAAGUUUAUGCUAAAGCAAUGGAACCUCCUACGGACCUGAAUGAAACAAGUGAUGAGGCCUUGUUCUACAUGGAGAGACUUUCAGCACAUGACACCUAUCAGUUUCAGUCCACGCUGCACCCGGGUUGCUUCCUUGGAUUUCAGCCCGAUGACAAGAAUGCAUCUCGGCACAAACUGGUCUUGAUUCGUGGCAAGGAUAACGUGGAUUGCUAUUGCCCUUUGCAGAUGAUGAAAAAGUUGGAUUGAAAGAAGGGCAUUAGAACAAAGUCACUCUGUUUGUUUCAUUCAGCAUAUCUUACUAAACGAACAGCUUGCAGUGUUGAGUGCCUCUGUUUAAUAAGAAGUCUUACAUUUCAUGUACAAAAGUCAGUAAUGUCGGGUUGAAAAUCUUUCUGAAUGUGGUGGCUGCCUAUGGAUCCACACCUUGUGCAGCAGAAAACUGUUGAAUCAUCUGCAGAUCAGAAACUCACCAUCUGUGUGGUUUGGUGACUUAAGCUGAAUCAAGUAAUCAUUUUUCGUUUGUUCCUCCGGCUAUCCACUUUCUGCUGCUGAUCUGCUCCCAGGUCACAUCGAUUAAAUCAGCUAUAUUAUUAGGAAUGAUCAUUGGAAGCUACUAAAAAGCAGUGCAUAGUAAAAUAGCUGCAAGCUUGGUUAUUUUUCAUACUUUAAUGCUUUAGCUGCAAUUAAUCUGCUGUCAAGAAGGGAGAUUAUUCAGUUAAAUCCCGUGUGCUCAUAAAAUGCUCACUUAUUUUAGUUUAUAAGUCAUUUUUAUUGUAUUACAAAUGUUUUUACUUAAAAUGUUCUCUUAAAGGUUAAUGGCUUUAUUUAAAAAAGGGAUUUUAACAAUGACUGUUUAAUGUUAUGCCAGCUUUAAUUCAUGUCGUUAUUUGUCUAAUAUUGAGCACUGUGGUGUACCGUUCACUCACCUUUGGCUUUUUCAUUCAUCACACCUCUAGAAUCCCGAUUUAAGCCUUUAAAGGCGCUCAUUGAAAUCCUUUGAAAUUCAAAAUUUCAACCCUAAAGUGGUAUUUGAAGACAGAAGACUUUUUUUACUUGUGACACUUUUUAAAUAAUUUUAAUUUUCACGUUGAAAUUUAAGGUCAGUGAAGUUACCAUAUAUACAUCUGAAGAAAUGUAUGUCAGCACUUAGCAUAACUGCUCAACCAUGAAAUGGGUGAGUUUGGUCAACUAGCCAUAGUUAGUUGACCAGCAGCUCAGUUGACCAGCGUAUCAAGCGAAUGUUUGAUAUGUUCCAGGCCUCUGCUGAUUGGUCUAAUGUCACGAUGUAGUGUGAUGUAAUGUACAGGGAUUUUCGCUGAUUGGCUCACCGAGAGGCGGGAGCAACGCCAUAUUUAAUCUGUGUGGAAGUUACCAAAUAUGAUGACUUGCCUGAUAAAGGGUUAAUAGACUGAAUGAUAGUAAGCUGUGCAGCUUGUUGCCACUAACGUAGCCUCUAGUUUCUGCCUUGAAAUCAAGUGGCAGCUAUAAACAAUUACAUGGUGCAUAUUGAAAGUGAAGUUCCAAAGUAUCUGUAUCCUCAACUGCAGCAGCUUAUUUUUUCUAAAAACAAAGGGGGCGUGUGUCAUUUGUGACUUACUGGACCCUCCCAGCUCUGCCUUAUAGACAUGUACACAGUUGAAGAGUAGUAGCUAUUUUUAUAUGAUUGCAUGCAUUUUGUAUUGUGAUUAAUCUCAUUUUGCUGUUGUACUUUGACCACUGAUGUAAAGAACAGACCAGUACCACAUUUGUAAGCUGUAAUAAACAUUUACUGCAUGAGCAUCAUGACAACAAAUCCAGAGCUCAGAUGUGACAACAGUUAACUGGUGUACCUCUCACUUGUUAAGGCUGCAUGCAAGGACUCUGUGAAUGUAUGUGCUCCGAGUAAAUGUUCCACGAUCACACCAUAACAUGUAGAGCUGUGGUUGGACAUGCUGAGUCUUGUUCUCAUAUAAGCUGAUUUGGGAACAGUGCCUGGAAGUAAGCCUUUGAGAAAAAUUGUCAAGAAUUUUAAAAUGGUCAAAAUAAAUGUACGUUUAUAUUUUGAAA